CUGUGCGCGGUGCGAGCUGGACGUGCGGCCGGUGCGGCGCAGCUGCAGCGCCUCGUGCACGCCGGGCGCGGCCUGCCCGGUGCGCGCCGCCGUCCUGCUGCCCCGCGACGCCGACCAGUACGAGGUGGCGCUGCCCCGCGUGCUGCCCGUCAUGGCGCUGGCCGCCGAGGCCGUGUCCCGGCGCGGCCUCUGGCCCCUGGACCUCCUCUCGUUCCUGCCCGGCGACGACAAGUGCGACGCCGUCUACGGCCAGAUCUCGGCCGUCGACUCGUACGCGCACGACUGCGCGCACGUGUUCUUCGGGCCGGCCUGCGAGUACAGCGUUGGUGAGUACUGCCCCUUGGCGGGUACCCUUGUCAGCGUGGCGGGGAGCGAGACCCCUUUCUCUCCACGUGGCCGGCCUGAGCCGUGUACUUACACGCGCCCCCUGGACCUCCGGCCCGGGCCCCAUUGGACAUGCAAACGAUGCUGGUCAGCGGGGCGUCCGCUCGACGCCUUGUUGUUCAUCCAGCCGAUCUAGAUCUUAGGAGGAAGUUCAGCCGUCUGUGGGUGUGCUGGGGCCGCCCGCACCGCCGCCGGCAAGGUCC